AUGUCCGCCGCCGCCGCCGCAGCCGCCGAGCCCGGUCGGCCGCCACGCUGUCUCGUCGGUUGCGCGCUCGUCGCGUCCGAGGCGGCCGCCAACAUCGCGCGACAGUGCCGGUCCAAUCCCAGGCUGUUGUCCAUGCUGGUCGAGGAAAAGUGCGACUCCGAGGCCAACCGCAACCGGUUCGCGCACGACUUCAAGACGCUGGCGGACGUGCUGGUGCAGCACGUGGUCGCCAAACGCUUCGGCUUACAGGUACGUGCGAAAAUCCGAACCGGCCUGUUUCCCGCGGUUAAAUUUGAAUUCACGUCGCCCGCGAGAUUUUCGUCGACCUGUUGUUCGGCUUCUAUAAUGUUUAUGUGUUUAACAAACGUCGUCGAUCAAACCAAAUAAUUAAUUUACGACCGGUAGUUUUUCGGAAAAAAAAAACCAGUAUACCUAAUCAUUUCUCAAGACUCGGGAAUUUUAAUUUUGACAUUGUAUAUCUGUACCCAAACAUUUAUUACCGUGAUAAAUUAUAAGAGUCGGAUUUCAGAUUCUGAGCGGAGCGAGGGAUGUAUUAAUUUUACAAUGAUGUUUAUUUAUUUAUUUAUUUUUUCUGUGAACAACUUUUCUACCAAACAUUUUGCUGUUUCAAGUAUAGCAUCUUUUCUGAGAGGAUACUUUAUUUGGAUGGUAUUGUUUAAGGGCAAUUUUUUUGAUUUUCUAAAUGGUUUUCAUAAUAACAGAAAAAACGUAGGAAAAACUGGAAAAUUUACUACACGUAUAAUUUUCAAUUUUGUUUUUUGUUGUGAUUCAAUUAAAAAUAUUCGUAGAGCCUUGACAUUUGGACAGAAAAUUUUGCUUUUUAUAAACGUGGUACAAUUUUCAAAAUAUUUUAGCCAUUUUGAAUACUAUUCUGGUACUUAGUGGACCAAUUAGAAAUACUUGAAAAUUAAACAAAAGAUCUAUUAUAAGUCGUACUAGUGGUAAAAAAAAAAAAAUUGAGUGCAAUGUAGAAUUUUUUUAAUGAGAAUUUUAGCAUUUAUCACAUUUUGACGAAAAUCGUAAAAAUGACAUACUACUGAACUCUGCUCAGUAUCGUUUUUCGUUAGCAAAGAUUAAUCGUUGAUUCAGAUAUACAUUUAAUUCCCCUCUAUAUCCUACCUUCCCAACUUCUCUUCUACAAUAGUGACCCACUCAUCGUGUGAAAUAUGUCCAUAUUUUUAUGAUUACAGGUAUUGCUACGAAAUAAAAAAAAAAACCUGGUACUCUGGAAUGCCUCCCCUUCCCUAAUAGUCAUUAUAGGGGACCGUUUACGUUAUUACUUUUGCUUUAAAGAUCCGAUAAAUCCGAUGGCUUUUUGUUUAAAUUUAAAAUUCAAAUAUUAUUUAUAUAGGUACUUACAUUGUUUGUGUACGACGAGUCGUCGUGUUUAAUAAUUUAGCGUUUUAAAUUUUACGAGCGGAGCUGUUAUAUUCUAUUGCUGUGUAAUAUUUGUCUUCGAGGGAACAGUCUGUACUAAAACUGUUCAGAUUUUAUAUACCUACUUUAUAUAUAAUAGGGGAAAUUUGAAUUACUUCAUAUUCGAGACAAUUGAUUUUAUUUUUGUAGGAUAAAACAAGAAAUUGUUCAGAUAAAAGUAUAGGUUUUUAUUUAAAUCGGUUUUGGUUAUUUUAUUUUAUUUUUCGGAUCUAAAUAAUUCUAUCGUAAAACCUUGGAAUUUUCAACUUUUAUAUUUAAGUUCGCGUUCUAAAUAAUUAUUUUAGAUUAGAAGCGUAGCGAGAAAUUUAUUGGUUUUACAAUGAUGUUUAUUAUUAUUAUUUUUAUUCUGUGAGCAACUUUUCUACCAGUAAUCUUGCUUCGAUGUAUCUAUCUUUUCUGAAAGGAAAUUUUAUCUAGUGGAUACUUUAAUCAGGUAAUUUUGUUGAUUUUCCAAGCAAUUUCUGUUAUAAUUGGGAUAAAACGUAGGCAAAACGGGAAAAUUUACGUAUACUAUGUAUAAAAGAAACUCUGCUCCGAAUCGUUUUUCGUUAGAAAUGGUUUACGUUACGUACAGAUAUAGGUAAAUUAAAUUCCCAUAUAUGUCCUACUUUUCAAACUUUUCACCUACAACAGAGCUUCAUCCACUGUGCGAAGUAUGCCUGUCUUUUUUAAACUGCAAGUACGUGUUUUGUACAAGAUUGAUUAAUUUAUAUUAAUGCAUAAUUUGAAAUCCUAAUCUCUCAAACUUUUAACAUAUUAUUCGGAUUAAUUAAUCAUAAUAAUAAUAAUAAUAAUAAUAAUAUUAUAUCACUGUAUAAUUAAUUAAUUAUAUUUAUUAAGAAAUCACGUUUAUUCAAAAAAUGUUUCGCGGUCGAAUAUUACGACGGCACGCAAUAUUAUUAUUAUAAAUUAUGUACCGAAAAUAUUAUUGUUUCAGCGUAAUUUUGCGAUAUUUUUAUUAUAACACGAUAAUUUAUAAAGUUCGAAUAAUUAGUGAGUUAACUAAUAAUAAUGCGUUUAUCUUGCAGUAUUGUGCCGUAAAACAAUUACAAUAACAAUUUUGUUGUAAGAUUACGUAUAGUAUAAUGUAAUAGUAAUUUGUAUUUCCUAACUUUACGAUUUUUCGUUAAUAUUCCUUUGGCGCAGCAUGGAAACACAUAAAUUUAUUAUACUUUUUAUCUGGUCAAUUCAAUCUUUGGCAGUAAAGUAAUAUUGUUUACUGUAUAUGCAUAUAGGCAUGCGCACGUGAGGGGCAAGGUGGGCAGUUGCCCCCCCCCACCCCCGGGGCAUUACUGCAUUUAUUCAGGUAGUCAUUAUUUAGGUAACCGUGUUCAAGAGUUCGUGACUGAUAUAAAUAUGAUAACAAUUUACCACGAAUCUGGGAUAUGAACAAAAUGAUCAAGUUCAUUAUUAUUAAUUAUUGUUUUUAUAUUAAUAACAAUGCAUUAUUUUGUGAUUAAUAAUGAGAAUAUAGUAUAAAAUAAAGUUUGAUAUUUUUGUAUUAUUUUAGUUACCUAUUAAAUUAUUAAAUUCACUGAAAUAUAUAUAUUUAAUAUUAGAUUAACCUAUUUGGUUCCCUCUUCUCCUAGAAAAUAUUUCCACAGUCACUGGUGAUGUUGACAAAACAAAAUGUUUGCCCCACCCCCUGCCAUUAAGGUCUGUGCACACCAAUGACUGUAAGGGUAUGUUAUAUAAUUUACGUGUGUUACUAUUACUAGGAUUUUCAAUGUGUGGAGGGACUAAAAUAUUUGAUUAAAAAAAAAAAGUUUUACAAAAUACAUAAUUGUGUGUAGUACAAUUAUAUUUUGUACUCUUGUUAAAUAAGUAGUGCAAUUGUUCGACGAUUAUAUUAUUUUAUUAGUGGUAAUUUUUGAGUGCAGCUAAAAUAAUUUAUAUUUAAUUUUUUUGUACAUUAUACGGCCAAUAAGUGGGACUGAAACCUCUUUAGCUCCCAUUUAUUUGUUCUCCGCUGCGCGGUUGACCUCGAGUUGGGUCCCGACGACAUGAAUUGGCCGACGUAUUUUAACGUGGACAGGGGUUGGGUCUUGCCAUAUUUUACAUUAUUAUUAUUUAUUAUAUUGAAAUCGUUAACGUUAACUAAUUAGUCUAGCUUAAUAGAAUUAGAUCCAGAAGAUACUACGUGAACGUUGGCUAGAAAUAGUCUCCAAAAAGUUUGAUUUCUUGUUACUUUAUUCUUGUAAAAUUAUAAAAAUAUAAAAAUUAUUACUAUCAUUAUCAAAUUAUUUAAUAAUAAUAUAUUAGUAUCGAGUAUUAUUUUUUAUUUCAUAAAAUUCACAUUAUUUUAUCGACGAUUAUUAUUACGGAUAUAAUAUAAUACUGUUAUUAAUAAAUAAUAUUAUUACCGCAUAUCUAAAUCGAACACUAUCAAAUAAUACCGUGUACCCAACUCGAAUUUAAUUUAAACGAUAAAAAAAAAUUACUCCCGGGAUAAAAUAUCCUGGGAGGUAAUUUCAUUACUUUACCGUAUAGCAGCGGUUCUCAACGGGGACGUCAUCGACCCCCUGGAAGAGGGGGCGGUGAUGAAUGGAGAUGUCCUGCGGGGUGGUAAACUUGUGUUGGAUAUUCGAAAGGGGAGAGGGUUUGAACAUGUUUUAUGAAUGAUUACACAUUUCCAUGUUUAGAAAAGUAAAUAGUAAUUCGAUUACAUACAAUUUUGAGGCAGUCAAUGAAAGCGUAUAAUUACUUGUGAACGUUUUCUAAAGGUAAUGGAGUUUCCCUUGAAAAGUAACACGCUUGUCCGAAACUGAGAUUAAUCGUGUUAAUUUCGGAGAAACAAAACAUUGUAAUGUUAAUAUUAUAUCGAUACUUCAGACUUCUUAAUUAAUUGUUGGUAAUAUAUUACUGAACAAAUUAUUUACUCGAUUCUCGUAUGUAUUUUAAUGAUUAUUAAUUAAACAUACCCAAAUUAUACCUAUACAAGGCAAUCUAUGAAAAUUUCAACUCAUAAUUUACUAAUUACAAGUGUCGACAUUUUUAUACUAGGUAAUUGUUUUCGUGACUCGAGUUGUAAUAAUAUGUAGUUGUACAGUUUGUAAUACAAUUUCAGAUAUUUUCUUAUGUAAUUUUGAAUACUACACUACAUGUAUACGUCGUGCACUUCACCUAUUGUUUGGUAAUUUAUUGUCCUGAGACCUGUUCCGAAAUUUAUUUGAAAGUCAUAAUCCCCCAACCGAAAAUGAACGAAAUACGCGUACGCAAAUAGCUAAAUGUCAAGAACAAAAUUACAGAUAAAAUCAGUGUAUUCAUCGGCCACUGCCCGUACAGUUUGUAACGUGCCAGUCAGAAGAACAAAGAUUGGAGGAGCGUGAAAUAAUUUUUAUAAAAUAUACAAAAGUGUCAUAAUAUGCUCGUGGCUUUAUCACCGCCGUUCAUUGUUGUGCUGCUAUAUUUAUUCUGUCGUUGUGUGGUCGUAUCUGGCCGUAUUUAUAAGUUAGUUUUAGAAAGUAUUGGGGUGGAACGCGUAUCUUUCAUAGAAAUGAAGCUUCGAACAUGUUCGAAGAACGGGAAAGAGUUCUGCAUGAACGUAAAUUUCCGUUCCUCCUAAAAAUUUAUUUUGGACUACAUUAGGUAAAAAAAAAAAAAAAGGAAUCCUUAAAACAACGAGGAACGGGAACGAAUUAUUUUUUAAAAGGUACUUUCCCAACGCUGAAUUCAGACCACAUUUGGAAACGUUGAUACGCACUUGCUAACAUUUAGUCUCCUACUCUUAUUUAUUGUUGUCUGUUAUAGGCCCUAUAUUAAAUAUCGAAAAUGAUGUUAUUAUAUAUUAUUAAUAGUAUUCUGGCUGCAUUGUACUAUUGCGAGUACAAUAUGUGUCGAGAUCUAUUUCGGGUUUACGUGAGUUUUACAAGAAGCGUGCGAGCACUUAACAAGUUCGUAUAAGAAUACAGAUUGCAGAUAAUAUAUAAAUUUACCAUAGUAUUAUUAUUGUCAAAAAGUAUAAAAUUAUAUACAAUAAAAGAAAGCAACGAAUCUCAAAACAUACACGAGUAUUCAUGUAUUUACCGCCUAUACUACACAUAGGUUUUGUGCCGAACGUUCAAUAUGUUUUACUUCACAAAACUCGCAGGUAAAAGUGGUACCCGUUAGUUAAUAAUUUUGUUUAAUAUUAUUUUUUGUUUUAUAUGUACGUCUACAAUUAGACGACCGUGAGUCCCCGGGUGGUGGCGGGUGGCCAACGCGUUUACGAGCAUUCGGUCAAAUCACCGCGUGACCUUUCCGAUGUCGUUCAAAACUAUAUUAUCUAUUAUACUACUAUAUAAUAGACCACGAUAGUUUACAGUACAAAAUCAGAGUUAUCUAUUUAUCAUUUACAUUGUUCUGUAGUCCGUUUAAGACCUCGAGCGUGUAAUUAUUAUUGUUUUAGAUUUAAAAUAACAACGUAAUUGGAAAUAACAAAAAAUAAAUAAUUUAAAAUUCGAUAAAAAAAAAAAGGACAGUUAAUUUUUCCAUUUUAGAUUUUGAGCGGAGCAAGAAUUUAUUGGUUUUAUGUUUGCGUUUUUUUAAAAUACAUUUUUUUUUUUUUUUUGUCUCUGUGAUCAAGUUUUCUACCAGAAAUCUUACCCCAAUCAGAAAACGAAAAAGAGAAUAUUAUUAUUGAAUUUCAGAUCUAGUUGGGUGGUGAGGAUUGAGGUGGUAAUUUUUUGAUUUUUCAUGUGGUUUUAAUUAUAAUCAAAAAAACCGGAAACAAUGUACAGGAAAAAUGGACAAAUAUUUACGUGUACUCUGUAUUAUAUUUAAAUGUUCAUUUACUGCAUUUUAUGAUUUUUUCCCAAUCAUUAUGGAAACCGUUAUAAUUGAGAUACGCCGUUCGUCGUCUACAAUAUCCCUGCGCACACAAUCGAUACGGAUAUUAUGUAUUAUUCGUGCAUGUUAUAAUGCUACUUAUUGAGGGCACGAUUGUCAACCGAGUCACCGUGGACACUCAUAGUGACUGUAUUGUUGUGCCUGUUGAUGAUAAAAGGUCUAAUGAGACUUUUUUUUUUUUUUUUAAAACUAUUAAGUGUAUUGGGCGUAUUUUUAACCAUGGUAUAUAGAAUCAUCACACAAACGCAAAGAAUCCGUACUAUCACCUAUAAUUUGCAGUCGGUUUUAUUUUAGUUUCAUACAAUGCCCCACUGAGCCCCACUGAGUGAACUCGUGUGGGGGCCCAGGAAUUGUAAUUGUGAUACGUUUGACUUAAGGCAAAAGUGUCUAAAUUUCAGAUUCUGAGUGUGUUAUAGCGAAAAAAAUUUUUUUUUUGCUAUACAAUUUGAGCUUUUAAAAUUUCUCUUUAUCUGUAAACUUGCGAGUUUCUGAUCUAAAUGACUUGGUCUAAUUGGAAAUUCAGCAUAGGUUGUUGAUGAAAGCUUCUAAGCUUCCGCACCGGACAUUUGAUUUUCCCAGGAGUUUUCAAAUAAACAGGAAUAACGGGAAAUGUGUUAUUUUCAAAUCGUAAAUAUUACGGUCUUUCAAAACAUGUAUAAUCAAACUUUGCUCAAAAUCUUUUUUCGUUAGGAAAUAUCAAUCGUAGCGUAUAUGUUAGAUAUACAUUAAAUUCUCCUCUACAUCCUAUAAUUUACCAACUUCUCACCUACAACAGUAGCCCCCCUAUCGUGCGGUGUAUGGCCGUAUCUUUUUUUUGUUUAUUUCUAUAGUACCUAUUGAUUACCCGGAGAAAAAACUAUUUUUUAUUUUACAGGUGCCCUCGUUUUAAUUUUUUGUUCGUUCAAUACUGUGCGUAGGCAAAGCCGGAUAAUAUAGCUAGUAUAAUAUUAUACAAAGACAAACUUUAAUAUCCGACAACACGUCGUGAUGUUUCGUAAAUAAAAUGUGUAAUAAAACUGACACGAAAAAAUGUAGUAUUUUUAUUAUGUGUAUUAAAAAUGUUAAUUUGAUCUUUCGACUAUAACACUGUUGUAGUAUCGCACACCAAACGUACAGAUAAUGUUUCUAUGGCACCGUAUAUGAUAAUUUAUUACACUGAUUAUAUACAGUGUAAUUUAUUUAUCACGAACUAGCGAUUUUUUGAAUGGGUUUUAGAUUAAAAAACGGACCACCCUGGUAUUAUUAUUAUAAUAUACACAUUUUGCAAGCGAGUCGACUUGAUUGUCAAUAUUUUUACUGUUACAACAUUACAACACCGGUCGUCGGAAUUGUCGCAAAAAUAAGUUUUACGUCGGAAACUCAUUAGCGCCGUUACACGUCCGUACAUAAUUUAUUUGUUGUAAUUACUCCCAUAUUGUGUUCAAAUAUGCACAUUGCGAGUUAACCCCGUUGCAGGUUUUACAUUUUUUAACGAGAUUUAAAUAACGUUUAAAUUCCGCGUAUUAUAUAUAUAUAUAUGAGUUACCUCGUAUAUCUAUGAAUAUUGUAUAUCUACAUAACACCACGAUUAGCCCUUCGAGUGAUUAAUUUUAAUCUCGUUGCUAAUUGUGUGUUGUUUUUUUUAAUUAAAUAUUUGAUUACUUCGUUGCACAACGGAUAACUCUAGUUUUUUUUUUUAUUAAAAAAAAAAAAAAACGUUUAAUUGGAACAAAGAAAUUAUUAGUUUUACAGAGAUAAGUUUUUUUUCUUGGAAAACAUUUUUUAGUUAAUAAAAAUGUUCCAAUUUUUUCGUUCUAUACCGUAAAAUAUACGAACAUUCCAAACAUUACUCCACUCACAAUUAUAUUUCGUUUGAAUCCUAUCUACCCAACUACCCGCCUCUAACUGUGGUCUAUAGUGCGGAAUGUGUCCGGCUUAUAUAGACCUGUAAUAUUUUUUAGAUUCUGAGCGAAGCGAGAAAUGUAUCUAUUUUACAAUGAUGUUUAUUUUUAUUUUUUCUUCAAGAAAUAAUUUCUACCAGAAAGCUUACUCUGAUUAUCAAGUAUAGCACCUUUUUUGAAAUUCUCAUUAAUAUUGAAGAUAAUGAGGGAAACCUGGUUCUUUAGGUUAAAAUAUAUUAAAUCAUUAAAAAUAACGUUGUCAAUUGGCAACCGUUCUUUUUUUAUUUUUUAUUAUUAUUAAGUUUUUAUUAUUUUAAUUUUUUUUAGACAAUCAUUUUUGUCAUAAGAACGUACAUUGUUGAAAAAGGUAGGUAAAUAGGGACUUAAAAUUAUAAUAAAUUAUAUUGUAUAAAGUUAAUUUUUUACGGAUAAUAAUGAUAAGGGUAAGAAUGAUGUUUCACCUACAUAACACACAAAAAAUUGUAAACAUUUGGAAAAGAAAUUAGCUAACUAAUUGUAAAUUUAUUGAAAAACACAUUAAAACUACUUAUAAUCAAUAUCUUGUUAGAUGUAAUUUAUUAUUUAUUUUAUUAUAAAUCAAUCACAAAUAUGGAAUAGUAGAAUAGUAGAAUAUGUUUACUACUUACAUAAAAACAUAAGCGUUUAUUGGGUAGUUAGUUGUAUUCAAUAUUAUGCAUUAUACUUUGAUAUGACAUAUUUAUUGUUAACAAAGUAUCACAAUCAACUGAACUCAGUUCAGAAACAUUUUUUCGUAAGCAAUGGUUUAUCGUUGCUUACAGAUAUACACUGAAUUCCCUUCUGUAUCUUACCUUUCAAACUUCCCAUCUACAACAGUAGCUGCACCCACGUGCGAAGUAUGUCCGUCUUUUUUUUCAGAUUUAUUUGAUUUAUAAACAUUCCCUUUCUAGCUGCUUGGAGUCUAAGAAACAAUUUAUAAUUAGGUUCUCCUUUAGUAUUCUCCAAUAUUAUUUCAUUUUUGAUUGGUCCGUGUAUUUUUCUCAGCAUUUUUCUCUCAAGGACGAAUAUAUAGUUUCUAAUGGGCUCCUUGUGUCGUAUACCACGUUUUGCAAGCAUUAUUGGAUAGACUAUUGGUUAUAGGUAAUCUCAACACAGUUUUUUGUUUUUUUUUGUUUUGGUCGUCUUUACUCCUAAAAUAACGUUCUUGGACGAUUUGAUUUCUGUAGCUCGACUUAUACCGAUUAAAAACUUUAUAUAAUUAUACAACGUUUGUUUAAAAUUAUAAUCAUAUUUCUGGAGGAAAUAAUUGCUACCUGUGUUAAAAAUUGGAUUUACGCUCAAAACGAGCUGAGAUUGUUAAUGCGAAUAAAAAUUAUUAUUUUACCGGGUUGAAAAUUAAUUUUAAUACAAGCGCUUUAUGUGGUCAAUACUUUGGCCGGCCGGCGAAGGUAUUUCAAAUCGUUUUUCGACUAUUGAAAUUCGUUUGAAAAACAAUUCAUUCAUAAGUACCUUCUUAAAAUAUCGUGGCUGUAAGUAUCUAUACUGCGACAACAAACCGCUAAUUGCAAAUAAUUUCCGAGCACUCAUUAUUGAAAUAAUUAGCGUGCAGUUGAACAACUUUUCGUUUUAAAAAUCCAAGACUACAUUAUGACUUAGUUGUAUGCUGGUCAUACCUAACGGUUUAUAUCGAUCAUUGAAAUGUUUAAAUGGCUAGUGAUAAAAAUUCAAAUGCUGUAAAUCUUUACGCGAAAACUUUUUACAUACGAAUUUUAAUGAAACCAAUAGUUUUAUACUUAGUUUUAUUUCGUUGUUAAUGUUCAAACAAUCAUUAUUAAGUACAAAACCUGUGCACUGACUUACAAAUAGACUAAAAUAUAAAUUAUAUCGCAUGAUUAAAUAUGAACUGUCAGUGAUUUAUUGUACGUCAAUCACACUCAUCUGAUAAAAGUUGACUACAACGUUCAAUACAAUUUUGAUGUGCAUUUUUUUUACCAUUCAGGAAAUUGGGUCUACUAUGACAUAAAGUUGUAUUGCAGUAGAAAUUGUUGCAAAUAAUGCAUUAUACACAUGUGGAACGUAGGUACCUUUACAUAUUGUUGUUUAAAAGGAUGUCAUACCCUCAUGUUUUAACCUUUAUUAAUGCGUAACAUAGCAAAGUUACUUAACGUUAUAAACGGUAUAGAAUGCAAAUAAAUUUGUAGUAUUUAGAUUUCAAUUGGCGUUUCGAGGUUAACGAAAUUUAAAGAAUUAAAGUUAAUCAAAAAAUGCAAAAUCUAACAUGGUUGUAACUUUUUUGUAUUACAAUUUUGUUUAAAAAAAGAAGCUAUGUAGGUACAGCUCUCAAAAAUAUUUUUCUCGUUAGUUGUUGUUAUAGGUGUUUAAAUUCUAAUUUCAACCUAAACGUCACAUUUUACAUUUUAAAUAUGAGAAAAAAAUGUUUUCAGAUAGAGAGACAGCCGGAUCUGACAUAUAUAUAUAUAUAUAUAUAUAUACGAUUAUUAUAAAAAUUUCAUCUCUGUUUUAAGUUCAGGCAUACUGUGUAACCGAGUGACUGACGAAUACUUGUUUUUUAUUUUUUCUAGUUUUUUUAGUUAUAUACUUCAGUUUAAUUAAAACAAUUAAUAACAUCAUUGAAAUAGUGUUUGAACUCUAGUAAAAUUCCUCGUAAACAUUUUUUAUUUGCGUGUCUGGCUGUAAGCGUGUUUUGGAUUUUCUUCGACUAUAAUAUUUUGCCACAGGGAGCUAGACUAAUCUUGGUCUGUGAGUUUAUACAAUUGUCAAGAUUGUAUCGAAUUCCCAUAAGUCUGCAUCUUAGUAGGUAUUGAUUAGAGUUCCCUAUAUUUCAUAAACUUUCCUCGUUCUUUGGAUCUUUUGCUAAAGUUCAUGUUGUUAUACGUUAUUUACCCUUGUUCGAGAAUCGCUACCAGAGGGUAUGAUUAUAACAAGUCUUUCCAGAUUGACCAUUAUUGAUCAAACCUUGAAGCUGAAUUUUCGACAGCCCAUCUCAUUAUAUAUGGAUGCUUUCUGGUUUCUUCAUCUCUUGACUCGUUUGAGUUCUAUUAAGCUUUUCUCUGAUAGGUAUUGGAUUACUGGUUGUGAGAAAACUUCUUGAUUUUAGUAGACGUCAAGAAAGAUACUACGGACAUAAAAAAUAAUCGUAAAUAAAUAUUUGUAUAGGUAUGUAUUUUUAAUCGUUGCCGUUUACCAAAUUGUUAAUAUUGAAAAUUAUAAUAUUACAUCUCAUAAAAUAUCGUCUGACGUUGAUCAUUAAAUUUCGUCGAUUACUGUUUUAUAUUAUUAUUUAUAACUAGUUACGACGUACAAUAUGUCGAUAAAAAGUAUAAACUUAUAUAACAUAGUAAAAUAAUGAAUUUAAUCAACUGAGUAUAUUAUACCUUAUAUAAUAUGUAGUCUUUUUAAUCAAUUUUACCCUGCAGGAAAAUAGCAUAGGUAUUUUAGAAAGUCGGAUUUAGGGGAGGUGCAGAGGUGCCUCGUCUUAUGGGUCUACUUAUAAAAGGGCUUCCUGUGUCGUCUGCAUUUGUAUGCAUAUAAAGCGUUCAUUAAAGAAUUAAGCGUAAAGAAAUGUACAUACAAUUUAUAUGAAUACGGCCCAUUUUAAAUUUCGGCUACGUGUACGUGACCCAUCGGACCUUUAAUGAUGGUUACCUAUAUUCCAGAAAUACAUUCAACAUGUUUAAACAUUUUCAGUUGACGAUAAAAACUGUUUUCUAUUGGACUUUGGUCCUUAUUUUAUUAUAAGGCUACUUGUACAACGCGCGGUAAUAGCCCUUGAAGAAUAUACUCGUUACUAUAUUGAUUUCUGUUUUUUUUUUCCUUUUAGCACUCGCUAUAAUAUUCUUAAAGCCAUACAAACAACUAUUAAAUUAUUAUAUUCUCGUAUGCGAACGAUCCUAAUUAAAUAUUUGCGUUACAAGUACAAACAUACGGUUCGUAAAUAUAAACGGACAAAUAAAAAAAAAACCUCUUCAAUUUUUAAAUCGUUACACGUUUAUAUGUUUAAAAAUAAUAUUGUUGUUUGACGGAUCUCCAAAUAUAUAUAAAAAAACAACGUGUUUUGCUUGAAUCAACAGCAUUUUCAACAUUUUUAUUUGCGCGUAUUAUCCAUACGAUGGUAGUAAUUUUGUGAUGGUGUUACAACCAACGUGAUAGUAACUAUCUUAGAUACAGCGUCUAUACACGAUAAUAUAGUAGAUAGUCACAGUGUAGAAGACAUUAUAGUAGAGCGAAUUUCAAUAGAAACGGCUAGGUUACGUGCGUUACGUAAAACUAAAAUUGAACGAUUGUAUGUCCGUCUGUGUUCACACGGCGAUAGUUACUAUUAUUCACAUAGUCUCACAAUAAUUACUUCCAUGAUAGUUAUUAUGGCCCUAUAUUCGGACGACGAUAGUUUAUGAAAGGUAAUAUAACUAUCACGGUUUAAAUUUUUCAACUAUCAAGAUAGUAAUUUCCGAGCUUUAAUUUUCUGUAAAAUAAAAUAACAAUUUUUAACAAUGAUUAUUUUUCGCUUUUAUAGUUUCCCGAAUUGGAUGGUAGCAUAUACGGCGAGGAAAACGAUACGAUCAAAAACAACAAAGGUCGGGACGUGACGAUUAAAGUCGGCGAGACUGUGGCUGAGACGUUGCGCUGUUUGUCCGAAGCUUUGGACGAUGAUUUGGAGUCGGCUAAAAGUUUGGCUGAAGCCGCUCACCGGGAAUUUACACUGAGCGACCUCAAUGUCGAUCGUUAUCCAUGCGAAGAAGAGGAACACAUCGAUUUGAAGAGAAUCGGAAUAUGGAUCGAUCCGAUCGGUAACCCUAUGAAUUAUUAUUGUUAAUACGUUGACAACACUAAUUCGAAUAAUAGGAAAAAUGUAUAGUCUUGCCCUCGAAAAUAUUGUCUUCUUUUUUUUUUUUAUAAUAGAUGAUUUUACUCCAAAACCAAAAUUAACCGAGUUUUACGCAGUCUGUGUAAGGUGGAUUUUGUUAUGCUGCCCGUUAGUUGACUGAGACAGCACAUGCGAAUAUAGCGUGUUAUAUUUCAUUCAAGAGUAACACUUUUUCUGAAAGUAAAUUUUGUUUAGUUUUUGACUAUGAAAGCCACGUAGUUUUCUAAGUAAUUGGGCAAACAUGGGAGUGUUUACGGAAAUAACGGUUUCAUUAUUUUGAAUUUUGUUUUGUUGUUAUUGUAUGGUUACAAAUAUUCAUUAUUCAUAGACCUAUACGAUUUCUGAGCUCUUUAUAGGCAUUUUAUAUUUGCGAUUUUUUUUCAUCUAGUUUUUAUUUUGUAGGUAUUCUGUGGAUAAUAUGGUUUGAUUAAACAUAAAUGUUAAACAAUUGAAUUUGAGGUUUAUUUUAAGUUUAACUUAGUGGUAAAAAAAAAGUUUAGCGUCAUUUAGUAGUAUUUUUUCAUUUUUAUUAUAAGCGUUUUAAAUUCAUAUUAAUUUGACGAAAACAGUAAAUAUUAUGGCAUUUCAAAACAUGUGUAACCAACUUCUUCCAGAAUCGUAUUUCAUUGGUAAUGAUUUAUUGUUGCUUACUUCAGAUACAAAUUAAAUAACUUUAUGUAUUCUACCUUCCCAACUUCAGUGUAACACCCAUCAGCAUUAUUAGCACUUUAUUUAGUUUUUUUUUCUUUUAAAAGUCAUGUAAGCAUUUUCGGUUUUUUUUAAGUUUGUCAAAGCACACAUAAUUUUUAACUAUCGCGCAAGACAAAACACGGAUUUUGUAUAUUAAUUCAAUUAGUAUUUUAUUUUUUAUGAGUUUUUUUUAUUCUAUACUUAUUUAUUUAACAACUGUUAUUUAUUACGGCUAAACAAAUUAACUUACUAAUGCUGUGGCAUUUCAAAUGAGUUACGUGAAAUGCCGGCGACAUUCUAUUAUGGCUACCCACACAUUUGUGCGGUGUACUUAAUUUUGUAGUUCGUUGUUCGUUGUUAUUGCUCGCCAUUUAUUUAUUUUAUUUAUUUAUUCAACGUUUUGCGUUGUUUUCGUCCGGUUAGACAGUCGAAAUUAUAUAGAUUAGAUCAAAUAGAAAAAUAAAUAUAAUACUCGUAUGUAUUUUUUUUGCCACUGGAAAAUUACUGUUUUUUUAAAACUAAGUCUAUAUAUCUGAUAGAUUAGUGUUUUUUUUUUUAAUUAGGUAUAAAUAUUUCUAUAUUUCUAUGUAGACAGUUGUUUUUAUUCUGGCCCUUAUAUUAUAAUAUGAACGUUAACGAAUAAUAUUGACUUCCGUUUUAUUUCAUCUGCGUUUUUCCUGAUAUUAUGAAAACUACUUGAAAAAUCAAAAAAAGAUCUUCCUAUAGUACCAUCUAGUCAAUAUGGCAAUAUUUUUUUUCAAAAAUGAUGCUAGAUACAUUUUUCACUGCACCUAGAAUCUAAAAUUUAAAUUAAAUUAAUCAUUUCCAAUUUUUAUUCUAAAAAUAUAUUAUUUUAUUAUAUUUUUGCAAGUCGAUUUUUCUCACUUAGUUUUCCAUAAUUUUAUCUCAUCCUUGAGAAAAUAUUUAUUGACUUUUACAAAUGAGAAGUGUUUUAUUCUUGUUUUAAUCAAAGUAUUUCCAAGAUCCGGAAUCAUCUUGAUGGCAUUUGGAACUAGUUGCAUUUGUAUUUAAGAAUUAUGGAUAUUUUUUAUAGCAAAAAAGACCAUUACAUGGUUUAUGGGGGAGGGGGACGAUCGCUUCUACUCCUCUCAGGGACGCGUCUGGAAGUGUCCCUCACUUCAUUAGACCAGGGCUGAACUAAAAUAUAUUAUUCAAGAUGUUUGUUAUACCAUAUUACUUCAUGGUUAUAAGUUAUCCAAUUGUUAUCAGAUUGACUGAUUUGUAUAGCUCUUUUCACCAAAAGUUUAUUUAUUAUUCCGAAAUGUCCUUCCAUUCAUCGUUUGAUUUCGUCCAUUUUCGGUUUUAUUAGAUUAGCUAACCAGCAUUAUAAAUUAUAAGUCGCAGAGACGGUGUAUACAUUUUAUUGUAAUCAAACAAAUUGUCGUUGUGGCGUUAACAAUAUUCGACAAUAUUCUUUUGCUGCAGAUUCGACAAAUGAGUAUAUAAACGGAAACGUCGACAAUGUAAACGAAUACGGCUUUCAUUCCAGCGGACUCCACUGCGUUACCAUCAAUAUCGGAUUAUUCGACAAGUACACCGGUAAACCCAUUGCCGGUGUCAUCAAUCAACCGUUUUUUAAAUGCGAUUCUGCCGAAAGGUAGUACUUAUUUAUAAGUAGUAUGGUUAUAUACAUACACGAUUUAUAAUACUAUAUUUAUUACUUAUUGUCAUGGGUUUCGCUGUAUAAAAUUCGAUCAGUAUUUUGUUUUGAACAUAUUUUUUUCUACCGCUAUAAUGCGUUUAUUUUUUUUAUAAAUGAAUUCGGCAAAUUCGUAUAAAUUAUUAUGUGCAUAGAAAGUUAUAUAUUAUCUCGUUUUAUGUAAAUGAAGGUCGGUGUACAUAGGGACUUAUCCUUAGUUCUCAGUUCACCGCCCUUUAAUAUUGUUGUUUUUAAAACAAAACAUUAAUGGUGUAAAAUUAAUCGUUUAUAAAAUACAAUAAUUUAUAAUAUCAUAAAUACUAUUUUUUAACGUCUAACAAAAUUUAUUUGUUUUUGUGAAUAUAUAGGUGGAUCGGAAGAUGUUAUUGGGCGUUUUGCGGCGGCCAAAAAGGUUUACAUUCAUUGCCAGAAUUUGUCAGUUGUGAACAGGUAACCUACACACACAAAAAAAUACGAUUUUUACUCGAUAUUUUGAACAAUUUUAAACGCACAAAUUCAUAUUAUACGAGUAAUAUAGCUUAUAUGUUUUAAAUUUGUUGAAAAAUCGAGAAAAAUUUAAAUUUUUUAAUCGAUUUUAUAGCUGUAUUUCGGCUGAUUUUCGAAAACAAAUAUUUUAUUUUAUUAGUCCAAGUUGUUUAGAAAAAAAUAUAAGUUUUGUAGUGUGUGUGCACACUAACGGCAGAUAGGGCUAUUGAUUGGGUCAUGAGACCAAGGAGCGAGGAUUCUAUAAAUAAGUAUAGACAGGUACCCAUCGAGAAAAUUACGAUUUUUUCAUAGGCCUGUCCGUUACUGGCACGUGUGCAUUUCAAGGGUUAAAAUUUUAAAAAUUAACUCAAAUGCGUAUUUCAAUACAUACGAUCUUGCUGAAAAAAAAUACGGGUUCAUCUGGCUGAAGUAUUUCGUGUUAUACCAUUCGAAUGAAACAUUUGCUAUACAAUAUAUGGUUAAUUUAAUUGGAUAGUGUUAACCUUUGUAUAAUAUCGUGUUAACAUGGAAAACUGUUUUAUGUACGAAGCGUGUAGAAUCUCCGUGUAAACUUUUCUUUACAUUUAUUCUAUUCCGUCGAAAAUUCGUACAGUGGUAGCUGCGGAGUAGCUAUUUAUUGUAUAACUUCAAAAUAGGGUCUAGGAUAUUUUGGUAUGGCCGUUUUGGCGUGUAAAUUGAUAUAAAAAAAAAAUUGAAUUAUAAUUUAUAAUUUAUUUAAUUACAGUUAAUUAAAAAUACUAUUUCAAAUGUAUACUAAAAAACUUUAUAAAUAAACAUUAUAUUGUAAUGAAAUACUAUGUGAUACAUUUCUUAAAUAUGCCAAAAUUGUCUUGUGUAUCUAGUUCUUGAAUUAUUUUUAGUAAUUUUUUGUCUGUUGAGAAAUUUUUUAAUUUUUUAGGGACACUUCUUCCUGGUUCCAAUUGGUAUAUGCAUCCCUUUUAGCUUGGAUAUUUUUUAAGCACGUUAUGAAUGAACUUAAUAUAGGAUAAAAUGUAGGAUUAACGAAGUCCAAAAAAAAUAUUAUUUAUUAUUAUUAUUAUUAUUAUAUAUUAUGUAUAAAAAAUACCUACUUAAGUUGCUUCUGAUAAUCCAACCAGAUAUUUAGAUGUAUAUUUUAAUGUAGAUUCAGCGGUUUCAGGUGCACGUCGUUGUUUCAUCCGGUUAACUGCUUUAUCCCUUUUAAUUUUUGCUACUUGGGAAUCAUGAGUAUGUUUGUCUAUUGAUUUUAUUAUUUCAAUAGCAUCUAUUGUUGCGUGUAUACGAGCUUUACGUGUAGUUUUAUUUCGGUAAUGUCAAAAACAGCGUUUUCCGUCACUACUUAAUGCGUCAAAUAAAUACAUAAAACCAUUAUUCACUAAGACAUCUCGUUCUUGUGUAGAUUAAAUUCAUUUCGACAUGAUGAAUAAAUAUCAAACUCACUGUUAUUUUAACAGCUGACACGAGCGACGAGGUUGAGAGACAACAAAUGAUGCUAAUGAUAAACUUAUCGGGCAACAAAAAAUAAGAAAAGAACAUUAGAUAUUUGGUUAAGGGGUUGGAAUAAAAAAAAAAAAAAAAAACUUGCGAUAUCGAUACGACGCGCGUUUGUACCUAUUACUUGCGCCUCAUAGGGUCCGGAAAGUGGUGGUAUUCUCAUUGGAUUGCACUUGUUCAUUUACUUCUCUCACACCGACAUAACCCGUGUACUUGUUUCAUAAGUUGCCUAAACCUUUUUUCUUAGAAUCGACCGUGCUGCGGUCCCCUUAAUACAAUUAAUUCAAUAUACUUAAAACAUAUACGUUUACAUCAAAACGGCUUCACGCUAAAACGUUCCAUUUCGUAAUAAAUAACAAUUUAUCAUUUAUUUUGGUGAGACGGUACUAUCGAAAAGUUCUUGCGACAAGUACGCCACAGAAAAUCCGUCAUAACAUUAUGUUUUAAAGGUGCGCAAACGCUUAUAAAGGAUACCACGGACUAAGAUGGUAGACUGUUGGACUGGCAUCGAACAGCUAUUUAUCAGCAUCAAAUUAGGAUACAAGUGCGAGGGGUCAAAAUGCAGACCAACAGUUUACAACGCUAUUUGUUAACUAAAUGUUUGCAACUUUUAAAUAAUAAGACGAUAGUACCAAUUACUAACUACCAAUAUAAUAAUAAUACAUAAAUUAAUACUAAAACAGUAUUAACAAUUUAAAUUUUUUAUUUGUAUGCGUUCACAAGUUUUUAUUCUAUAUUAUUAUUCAAUUAUAAUAAAUAAAAUAUUACCAUGAUUUAAACUUCGGUGCCAAAUAUGAUAACCGACAGCGUUAAAACCAGUUGGAGUGCAGUGUUGAUGAUAACGGAGGAGACGUUUGCUUGCCAUCCCCUCAGCAGUUAAAUUACUAGUCCAUCAUAUUUCAGUGUCUUAGUCCACGCAUAACAAAAUAUUAUAUGUGAAUAUAAUAUUUCGUUCGAAUUAAUACACGUCCUAGCUAAUAUUAAAAUUACUAAAUUAUAUCUCUUUCACUUAUCCGCGCUGCUUUGGAUAUUGAAAUUAAUAAUAUUAUUAUUAUUACGAUUAUUUAAACUACGGAUGAAUGUGUAUGCAAACUUUGUGUUUAACACGGGCUACCUACUUAAAAAAUCAUAGACAUACACAAUAGAUAGAUCACGCAUUAUACUCAUUUUAUGUACAUAACACUUUGAUGCAAAGAUAUGUGCGAGAAACACGGACUCUAACGUAACUUUUUAUUAUUAUAUUACAAAAUAAUUAUAAAAAAAUUGAUAGAUAAUGUAAAAAAAAUAUUAAUUAAUUCAAAUUCGAAUAGUGUGAUGUUAUCAGUUAUCAGUUUUCAUCUCAAUUAUUACCUAGAAGUGUUAUAAAAUUGCAUAUGACACCAUUGAAAAAAUCAGCUAUAUGAGUCUGUUUUUCUCACACAUAUCAUGUUGGCUUUAAUAUAUUUCACUAAUGUGUGAUCUAUAUAUUAUGUGUCUAUGUUAAAAAUAUCUGUGUAAAUAAACGGAUAAAAGAUAAAAAAAAAAAGAUUGUUUAGUCUAUUGACGUCUUGUCUAUAUAAUAUGUCGGUAAUUUCAGGCUAUUUUAUCUCUUUAAUCUUCACGGUUAAACUACAUUCACAGGUAAACACAAUGUGAUAGAUAAAUACGCGCAAUUUUAGAAUAUUCAUCUAAUUUAUUUUAUUCGAUUUUUUCCCUCAAAAAAAUAUUACAGUAAUAAUAAUUUGUCAUUUUUCUUUAACGCGUGGUACCUACGCUGCAGCGUAGCAAUUCAUACCGAUUUUCCGACAAUCAUUAUCCGAUCAACAAACCGAAGCGAUAAGAAUGCUGAAAAUAAAUUCGAAUUCAGCGUGAAUAAUAAAUACUUACAUAAUGCAAUGAGAAAAUUGUUUAAAUUUAAUUUAAUUUUAUUAUUAUUAUUAUUUUAGGAGUUUAAACACCUGAUCUCGCUUGGGUACACUUAUUUACGCUGAAUUCAAUUUUUUUUUUUUUUUUAAAAAUUCGUAUCGCUUCAUUAUAAUAUCGAUAGGUCCGACUGUAGGAAAGAAUAAAAGAACAAAGAACGGUAGACAAGGAAAUCCUAAAUCCUCGAAACAUCGGUGUUCUUUAAAACAAAGUCGAUCACCAACUAUAGUGCGCCUCGUUACGUUUCGGCGGAAUUUUGUAAAAAAAAAAAAAAAAAAAAACGUAGUUUUUUCGGCGAAUGUCAUUCUGCGCGUGAUCAGUAAAAUACGGUUGUCUUAAAACAAAUACGAACCGUACAAUAAUUCUGGUCGGUGGAAUUUGUAUGGUUGCCUGUGUAUUUCGUUUUAAAACGACUACAUAUCGUAGUAUUACAAUGCUGUCUCUUAAAAUGCAGUCGAUUCAAAGUUGACUCUUAAUAUUUAUGUGUUACAUGCACGCGGAUGACAGGAGCUGGUGGUGAUCAGUAACAGCGAGACGGACGCGGCCAGGGUGGCGCUGCAGCGGUCCGGCUACACGGUGGCCACGGCGUCCGGAGCGGGUUACAAGCUGCUGUGCGUGGCGCUGGGCGUCGUCAAGUGUUACGCGCUGACCAAAGACUCGACGUACGCGUGGGACACGUGCGCCGCGCACGCUAUGCUCGCGUCCCUGGGCGGCACGGUGUGCCGCCGCGGCGGUCCGGCCGAACCGCUCACGUACCGGCCCAAGGGAGACGCGGGCCAAGGGCAGGCCCGUCACUGCAACGCGGGCGGCAUAAUCGCGUCGCGCGACCCGCGAACCGUCGACCGGGUGCACGCGCUGCUGUUGGACUGCAACCGAUGACGGCGCCGGCGACGGACGUAACGCAACGCCACAUGCCACACACCGCUACGCACCACGAGUGCGUCUGCAAGCAGCACAGCCGGCAGCUAAUAGAUAAUUAUAAUAUUGUUUAAGUGUUUUGGAAAAUCGCCAGGAAAGAUGGACGUAUUGUCGAAUCGGCGGUUUUGGACAAUAUUUCUCCCAGCUGUCCUUGUGUCCCGUUGCAGCGCAGAGUCGGCGUAAUUGUAACGAUUUAGUGAACGGUUUUAUAUGCAAUUACAAACAUGAUAAUAUUUAUACAUGUGUAUGUUGUUACAAUACGCAAAUGCGUACGUUAGCAUGAAAUGUUAUGUACGAAAAAAACAUCAAAAUACGUGGGAAAAAAUGCACAUUUUCGGCAAUUCGAACAUUAACUAUCUAUUUAUUCUACAACAAAAAUGUGCAUAUACAUAUAAAUCCGUUCUCUAAUUACAAUAAUAUAUUUUUUGAUUUAUUUAGAGGAAAAAAAAAAUAGAAUAUAGGUGUAUCUAUUAUUAUUGUACGUGGCAAUGUUCGUGGUCUUUGCUCGAGUCCGAUUAUUUAUAAGAAUAGUAAUAUAACUAUCGCGACUUUCAAAGAUCCAUAUAUUAUAUCUGUUCCCUUUACUCAUCGAUAUAUUUAUAAAGGUUCUUCUGCUUUUGAAAUUGGGUCUUUCACCUAAACCCCUUCCCCUCCAUAAUUUUGGAUGAUAUCUGUGGAAAAAUUAUUUACGACAAACGAUCUUCGAGACUUUCCUAUUCGGUCAACUCACAUUGUGCAAUGAAAAAUUAUGUACAAAUUGUGUAUGGGGGUGAGGGUAAUGUAAUGGUGGGCUCUAUCAAAUGAUGUAGCUUCGGACGGAAACAUUUUUUUUUGCCCUCAAAAACACAAUGUUUGAAUGAAAAUGAUUUUACGUCAACAUAGUGAGAAAAAAAAAGUAGUGAAUCCAAAAAGACUUAACAAAUAGAAUACGAUGUAAAAAAAAAUAAAAUAUAGGUACUGACAUUUGGUUUCAGUGUUUUAUUUUAUGAAAUUAAAAAAAAUUAAAUCCAUCAAUACGGAUGAAUGUAAAGAAAAUUAAAUUAUACGUAAUUGAUUCUUAGUAAAAAUUAUACGCGCCACUUUUCUUAAAUAUUUUAAUUUUAGUUUUGUACCAUAAUAAUUUUAUUACGUGCCUAUAUUUAAAAUUGCUAUAAGUGUAAUGGUUUAGCAGUACCCUUGUAAUUGUCUCGAUUGAAAUUGAGUGACUUCCGCAUUAGUUAUAUUAUUUGUACGCCAUUUAAAUACCCAUUAGAGGGUACCUAUAAUAAUGUUUGUUUUAGUUUUUGAAGCAUCGCAUAAAAAUAAUAUUUUAAAUUAUGACCACCAUUGUUUAUUGUUUGCAUAUACAAUGUAAAACGUACAGCUACAAUACAGUAAUGUACAGUCAUGAUAUAAAAUAAUUUUAUCAUCUUGAUGGUACCAUUUCCUCAGUUCGGUGUCUAAAGCUGGCUAUCCUAAUGGAUUCUGGUGGUUUUCUUAGGUAUUAACCAGCUGGCUUGGAUGAAAUUCGUUCUGGCAGUCUUGCAGCAUGGUUUUACACAACAAACCGAAGGUUUUUCGUUUUAAACAUUCCAAGUGAGAGUAGUGAAACAUGAACCAUGUAUAAUAAUCAUUAUUCGUAAUCGUAUAUUAUUGCUAUCGCCGAGCGUCGGUAGACCCGACCCUUUAUAGAUUUUCUAAGAAAAAAAAAAAAAAAAAUCAAUAAUAUAUAAAAUAAUAUACUCGUAUUUACAACAGUAUUAGGGCAGAAAUUGGAAGUGUAAAUAACUGGAGGGAAAAUAAUUUUUAGACUGAAUAAUUAUGUAAUUCUCAAAAACUUUCUCAUUUUAUCAUUCCGAUGAACUUCUUAUUAAAUUAAAAUAUCAAUGUGCAUUGAGUAAAAUAUUAUUUUCAUCUAGGCCUGGUCUUUCUGAAUUGUUUUACCAAGCACAAAGUUAUCAAGUUGGAUUUGAAAAAUCAAAAAAAGUAAUCGAACCUGUAAUUGUAAUGUCUGUAUCUAGUUCUUUAGCGGAAAAUUCUAGACUAAAUGAUUUGACGUUACUUUCUAUAGAAAGGAAAAUAAGUGGACAAUUUACGGAUAAUCGGUCAGCUGUUAUUGACGAGUUUGCUGUCAUAAAUAAAAAAUAAUUGGAAUUUGUACGUUAAAAAUAUUUUAUAAAUGGACAAUACGUAUAUUGUAAGUUACGAGUAUAAUAAUUAUAAUUUUAUUUUGUAAAAUUAUCUUUUAUUCAAAUAGUUAUAAAUUGUAUUUUUUAAAUUAUCUUUUAUUCAGAUAGUUAUAAAUUUUAUUUUUUAAAUUAUCUACUAAUUUUUUGGAUUAAUGUGUUUUAAGUUAUUAAUUAGGUAUUAAAAGAGAAUAAUCAUUGAUCAUUUUAAAACUAUGGAAGGCUAAUACAAAAAUUGGUAUAAGUCUUCAUUUCCGCACUAAUGAGUAGUUUUAUAGUGGGUCAACUCAAAAAAAAAUCUUAGCUACCUCCCUGGUCGCAUUUCGUCUUCGUUCACAAACUCGAGUGCCGGUUUACUCAUCCAUUUUGUGAAACUCUCAUUGACGGAAAUCAUAUAAUAUAUUAAAUGACGCUCCGUAUUAUUUAUUUUAUUAUAAUAAUUGGUAAAUAAUUUUAGUUUUAAUUAACAUAGGAGCCCACAGAAAUUUGUCUAUGGAGAGGGAGCAAUUCUGUAUUACACAAAAUUAAUUAACAAAUAAAACUUAACAUAUACACUUUUAAUUGUUAUUGUAAUAUUGGAAUAUUAUUCCGUACAUAAAUAAAUAAUAAAUAAAAUAUGUAUGUAAACAUAAUUUUAAUUUCACUUUUUUAAUAAUAAUUAUUAAUAUUUGUUAAUCUAAGAAUUCUGAGUACAGCGAAAAAGUCACUUAUAAUACGUGGAAUUUCCGCUCUGCAGUAAUUCAUUUGAAGCUUUUUUUUAAAAAAAUUCUCAUUGAUUCCCCCCCCCCUUUCGUUCACAAUCACUUUUAAUUCAGGGGAAAACAAAUGCCUCCAAAUUGCCUAUUCCUCUGUGGACGCGUAUUAUUUAUUUAUUAUAUGUAAUUGCAUGUCGUUUUUAAUCAUAAUAUAUUAUGUUAUUUUAUUUAAUAUUUAUAUGUAGAGUGUGUAUGUAUUUUAAAUUUUAUUGUCUUCUCACCAUGCUAUAUAAAAAAUGUAUUAGUUUUCGAAUAACAAAAUUGUAUAAUAUAUUAUUACACAGCUAUUAUUAAUAGCAGAUUUUAAUUAACAAAGUUUGUAUUUGUUUUUCAACGCCUGCGUAUAUUGCACCGUGAAUGUCUGCAGUUGGUGAAUGCUGAUAGUCACCUGCGAAUGUCGUCGUACACCAAAUCAUUGGUUGGUUG